AUGAGGUUUGCAAGCCCCAACGAACUGCGAGUGAUCAGCCGCGAGUAUCAUGGCUUCUAUAACGCAAUCGUCGUCGGAGCCAUCUAUGAGUUUCGGAGCUCGAACUUUGAUGUCCACUCAAGUUGCUCCUUUUACGGCGCCGUCAAACAUUGCAUCGACAAACAUCCGACCUUGAGUGCCAUCGUACGUGAUCAGCACACAGAUAAAGCGUACUUUGAGCGUGUGCCGACAAUCAAUCUUGAAGAACACAUAGACAUUGUGACUGAGAGUGACGCUGGCCCAUCAAAUGCCAGAGAAAAGGCCAACUCGGAGACGACGAUAAUCGAGUCGCUACUUCCAGCCAUCCUCGAUAAGCCCUGGCCCUCUGACAUCCCGCCGUGGAGGGCUACGAUUGUCCCUCUGAAAUCUGGGGAGCGAGGCCAAGAUCACCCUCGCUGCUUCAUUGCAUUUUCAUUUUCACAUGCUCUUGGCGAUGGCCGGAAUGGCUUCCUAUGGCACCGGACAUUUAGGGAUGGAAUCUUUGAUCGUGUCGACGAGGCGGCUGGCACGUCGCUGACUACUCCCCGUGGCGAAUUUCCCGCGCCAUUCGACACUCCGGAAAGUUUACCAAUCUCCUGGGGGUUUCUCCUCCGGCCGCUUAUUGCCGUACUGCUUCCCAACUUCCUGGCCGAAUUCCUCGGAUUCCGGCCCACCACCAGCCAUGUAGACCCCAGUACCUGGACGGGGAGUCGAAUGUUUCGCGAGCCGGGUCCUUUCAACAGUUGCCUCAGGCUGAUCGAAAUCGAUGCUGCCGCAACGCAAAAGGUGCUUCAGCUUGCAAGAGGGCAUGGAGCAAAGCUGACGGGAACCAUGAUCCAGUCCUUUGCGCGAGGACUUAGCAAGGCAAUCCCGCGCAGCGAAGCAACAAGGCUCAUUUCGGGCAUGGCAGUCAACAUGCGGCGUGCGGUCCCAAACACGAGCGACGAGAUGGGUUUCUUUGUCGGCGCCUGCUACGAAACCCAUGAGCGACAGGACGACUGGGCGAGUCCCUGGACUGAAAAGACCUGGGCGAAUGCGCGCUCGCUGACGGAGAAGCUGGCCGAGGCUGCAGUGACGCUGCACGACCAGCCCGUCGGAUUGCUGAGAUACGUGCCAAGCAUCACUAAAUGGACUGCAUCCAAGAUAGGCCAAGAGCGAGAUAGCUCAUUCGACGUCAGCAACCUUGGCGCGUUCGAGGCUACGCUUCCCGGGAUCUCGGAUGAUCACAGUCGAUGCAAAAUCACCGACAUGGUCUUCACGCACUCACCAGCCGUGACAUCUGCACCCUUGACAGUUAGUGCUGUAAGCGUCAAAGGCUCCAGGCUCAUGAUCACCAUUGCAUGGCAGCCUGGAGCCCUAGGUAUUCCCCGAGAAUCGGAAGCGGGUUUCGUUGAAGAACUAGGGACUUUUGUGAAAAAGGACCUGGAGAGUCUGCAAUAG